GCUACCCUUAUUCGCUUUAAGUUUGCACAUUGUGGUGGUUUUAUAAUAUAAAUUUUUUUAAAAUCACACUUUUGCAAAACACAUCUCAAGCAUACUCAAAAUUUUGGUUUUGUUUGAAACUUUACACAAGGAGUAUUAAAUUACAUCUGCUCAGUGCAGUUGCUCAAUUUGAUCCCAAAAUGAUGAUGGGUAUAGAAAAAACAAUUGAUCCAUUCACUGUUAAGGUGAAAAGCAACCUGAACCAUAAGUUCAGAGAGACAAGACUUUGGAAACCAAUGAUAAACACAGUCAGAAAAGUGUAGUCCAUCACAAUGAGUAAAAAUAUGAAAAAAAAACAAUAUAUGAGCCUGAAAAAGACAAAUAUCAAAUUCUACAUGCAACACUGCAUGCAAAGUAGUAGAAUCGAAUGUAUGUAAAUAUUUGAUGGACGUAAUUACAACAACAAAAAAAGGCAUCUCCAACCAUUUCUCUCAUCACAUGUUUUAUUUGUACCAGAGUUGGGUCAAGCACCAGUUUUAAGCACUUAGAUCAUUUAAUGAAUUUCUCAUCAUCAAUCAUACAGUUUCCAAAAUGACACUUUUGACUUUUACUAAUUAUCAAGACUAAGUUCUUUCAUUUCCUUGUAUGACCUUAUGGAGUUUAAAGAAUAAUCAAUUAGGUUUUAUUGUGUCUUUUUAUUUUGUGUAUUUUUUUUUUCUUCUUUGAAAAUUUAAAGAAAUCAAAUUGUCUCAAAGGCACCUUGGAAACUUCUGGGCAUAAGCCUGCCCUCUGCAGGAAAAAAAAAAAAAAGCCUUAUCUGCCUUUGCCUUUCCCAGACAGCAGGUCAACUUUGAGGGAGAUAUUUUCAGUUUUAUUUUCAAAUUAUUUUUUAGAUUAAUUACAUUCUAUGCAGCACUGACUACACAUAGAGGACUAUGUCUUCUCCUGUGACAAACAUCAAUGUCAUCUUAGAAAUCUUUAAUAGUAUGACACAUUCACUGCGUUUUAUUUUAUUUUUUAUUCCCAUUUCUACAGAUUACUGAACUGUUAGCUUUCAGCUUUCUGUUGAAUGUUUUUAUUACUCCAUUAAUAUAAUAUUUGAUAAUCAUGAUGCAUAUGGUUGUGCAACAAGUGGGGGCCAAUAAAUUUAUUCAGAUUGUAUUGGACUCGACGUCGCUUUACUGGUCAAAUCUUAUGACAUGCGCACUUUGCAUUCAGGUACUCGGGCCUUUUUUUCCCUUGGUGCGUUCACUGAGAGUCUGUAGCAUAAGACUUAUGGACAAGGGCAGUAUUAAAACGGCUCUUGUCCAAUCUCUCUGUCGCAUCUAAUUAUUUCCCCACAUUUUAUGAGUUGACUAUUGAGAUUAUUUUACUGCAUGCACAAGUCAGCUUUGUGUAUAAAUAAUUUUCCACCCCCGUUACGCCUCUGUUUUCCCCGAAAGUAUGUUAAAGAAAAUGCAUUGAAAAGCAUUUUUUACGGUACACAAACUGCCCCAGAAAAAUCAGACCCAGUUUAAGCAGUUAAAAAUAUAUAUCUUAAUUGUUUUACAAAUUGUUAAAUAUUAAACCACUUUCAAUAGAUCACCACUGUCUUUUUUCCGUCUGGCCAGUUUUGAUCUGACCACCAUUUUUAACCAAUCAGCAAUCAACAAAACAACAUAAUGGUCUUUCAGGGACAUUCUUCUAAAAGCUUUUGCUUUGUCUUUAAAACAGAAAAUAACUGAUCAUAUAAAAACGAGCUGUUAUUUAAAUUAUUUAUUUACUUUUUUAUAUAUCCAAAUAUAAUAAUAAUUGGGUUUUUUUCAUGGCUCACAACAGUAAAGCAUGAAUUUCACCAGGAGAAUUAAGGCAGGUCAAGUUCUAGUCCAAUGAAACAUUAACCUGGGAGCCACGCCCCCUAAACGUCCAGAAAACAGGGAAACGAGAAAGUGCGUUAUUACACACAUUUCAGCUCACAGCUGAAAGCUGAAACACAGGAAAAACAUUACGCAAACAACAUGGGAACCUUCGUAAAGAUUGUAAUUGCUAGCAUUUGUGUUGGCUAUGUAGCUGUCAAGUGGAAUAGACCAAGUUUUGAUUCAGAAUCUCUUAGAGGUGCCAGGGUGUUGGUCACCGGGGCCAGUUCAGGCAUUGGUGAACAAAUGGCGUAUCAUUACGCCCGCUUUGGAGCCCAGAUUGUCAUCACAGCAAGGAGGGAGAAAGUUUUACAGCAGGUUACUGAGAAGUGUUUGAGUCUGGGGGCCCAGAAAGCUCUCUUCAUAUCUGGAGACAUGUCUAAUGAGUCUGACCCUGACAAAGUGGUUGACUUUGCUCUGGAGAAACUGGGAGGCUUGGACUACCUGGUUCUCAACCACAUUGGUGUGACUCGCUUUGCCAUGUGGGAUGGAGACGUGGAUCACGUCAGGUGGCUCAUGAAGCCCAAUUUCUUUAGCUACAUACAGAUGGCCUGGAGAGCCUUGCCCUCUUUGGAGAAAAGUAAAGGGUCUAUGGUUAUAGUGUCAUCAAUGGCAGGGAAGCUGAGCAAUCCCUUCACGGCCCCGUACUGUUCAACAAAAUCUGCCUUGAAUGGAUUCUUUGGGGCCCUCAGCCAUGAACUUGCAAUGAAGAAAAGCAACGUGUCCACCUCUCUAAUCACACUGGGACUAAUUGAUACCGAAUCAGCUUUGAACGCAGUCAGGGGAAUCAUCACGACACCAGCCUAUCCUGCGACAGAAGCUGCACUGAAUAUCAUUGUAACAGGAGCAACAAGGCAGUCAGAGCUGUACUAUCCCUGGUACACAUAUGUCAUGAAUCUCUUCAAAGACUGGUAUCCCUCUCUAACAAAUCAUCUCAUCCAGAACGCCCUCAACUACGAUCCAUAGGAAACAUGUUGAGAUGUUCUUUGGGUUUUUUAUUGUACGUUUUUGAUGCACACAGGAUUUUAUGCUCACAUCAAAUAUAGCUGAAAAUGUCUGAUU